UAUAAAUUUGUGGACUGUAUAUUAAAAUUAAUAAAUUAUUAUAUAUACACACAUUUACAUAACAGAAGAAUAUAUCUUAAUAUCACUCACCAAUUUGACUGGAGAUUAAGGUGUAUCAUACUCAGAAAACCUCAGUCUAUCCAUGAAAAUAACACUGGCCAGAGUUACAACAUAAAUAAACUUAUCUGAGGCAAAGAGAAGAUACAUAAAAUGGUGUACAUAAGCACGGUCUUGCCAGUGGUGGUGGCACUAUGUUGGGACAGGACAGCCGCUGACACUGAAGAGUCAGUCACCACAACAGAAACUGAGCUGCGAGGAGCAGUGGUCAUCAACCAACUGGUCCUCCAGCAGAUGGGACAGCUGCUCAUGGAUUUCGUCAACAUCUCUCAACACCCUCCAACCUGCCCUAAUGGGUGCGAAACAAAGAGGCUGGACACCCCCCUUGACACCCAGGAGGUCUACAAGAACCUGACACAGGAAGUGAGCCACACACUUAGCAAGCUACAGGAAGUAACUCAAGUAAUGACGGAGACGUUCACUAAACUUACUGACAUGGGAGAAACGUUGAUGAGGAUGCAAGAGACUACCCAAUCCAGCAUCAAAAUUCCCGUUCCCCACCAGGAAGGUACUGGUUCCGUCAAAGACUGUCCUGUACCCUAUUUCCGGCUCAACUCUGAGUGCUUCUACAUAAACGAGUGGUUCGACGCAACUUGGGUGCAAGCUAAUGACUUCUGCAGGCGUAUCGGAGGCUCACUGGCUGCACCUUCCUCCGUGGAGAUCCUGGUGGCUGUGAUGCACCAGCGAGGAGAUGUGACCAAAGAAAUAUAUUGGCUCGGCGCGUCUGACCUGAUGGUGGAGCAACGGUGGCAGUGGACGUCAGGUACUCUGAUGAACAUUCACGUAGUACCUUGGAAGGCAGGUGAACCCAACAAUGCCCACAAUGAAGACUGCUUAGCCGUGCAAAUGAAACGUUAUCCAUUCUUUAAUGAUCAAAACUGUGAAAUUAAGCUACCCUUCGUGUGUGAGCUUAAUAUGAACGCUUGACCUUACUAUAGUGAUUAUGUCCCUGUAGGAAAGUAACCAAAUUCAUUGUUCUUGCCCAUGGGAACUUAUGUAGUCACGUUGAACACCUUUCAGGCUUGCAUAUACUAAUCUUAAAUAAAAAAAAGACAUACAUUCACAAGCCAAUGUAAGGAAGACUAAUUACACUGAAAGAGGCGAGAAUUGGUAUAGAAGCCUACAUUGUCAUAAAACUGCUGUUCAUCAAUAUAUGUAUAUAUAUAUCAGGGCCGACCUUAAGCCGAUUGGACCGAUUGCUCCCAAUAGGGCCCCUAGCAUGAGGGGGCCCCACUAGAGUGUAAUUACUUUCGGCUUGUCAAGUACACACAACAGCAAGAAGUAAAAAAAAAUGUUAAGUGAUUUUUAUAAGUCCGAAAAAGAUCAUUUGUUUCCAACAUGUGCACUUAAAUUCUGAUUUUUUUUCUGAACAAAAAUAAAUUAAUAUUUUUAAUAAAUCAUUUCACAGUCACUAAAGCAAGUAGUAUUGUGACUACUUUUCAGAGGUGAUAUACAAAUUGUUUGUUAGUUGUAGGCUACCUUAUAAAAUAAAAACCAUGCUAAAAUAAUCACGUAUUAUUGCUAUAGAACACCAAAAAAGAGUGUGUACAAGUGUGUACUCACCUAUUUGUGAUUGCAGGGGUCGAUUCACAGUUCCUGGCCCCGCCUCCUCGCUGGUCGCUACUAGGUCCAUGAGCUUUAUCGUAUAUUUUCUUAAAGCCAUGUAUGGAGCCUGCCUACACUAAUCACUAUGCAAAUUGUUCCACUGCUUGACAACUUUGACUGAAAAAAAUACUUCCUAAUAUUCCUGUUAUUCAUCUGAGUCUUCAACUUCCACUUGUGACCCCUUGUUGCUAGGUUCCAUCCCUGAAACAUCCUAUCCCUAUCCACCUUGUCAAUUCCUCUCAGGAAUUUUAUGUUAUCAUGUCCUCCCUAUCCCUCUUGUACUCCAAUAUCGUCAAGUCAGUCUCCUUGUAGGACAUACUCCAGGACUAGUCUUGUUACAAACCUUUUCACUCUCUAAUUUCUUGACAUGUUUGACCAGGUGUGGACUCCAUAUCCCAAUAUGGGCCUGACGUACACAGUGUACAAAGGCUUGAACGAUUCCUUACUAAGGUGUCGAAACGCAGAGUAAUUGAAGAUAUUGUCAAAAAUCCACUGUGGUUCAAGUAUCUACGGGAGCUUCAAAGGUUACGUUGCAACAAAGUUGCAGUUACAGUUAGGGUGUAAAUGAGACUAGCAACAAUGAAGAUGUGGACAACUAGACAUCAGUAUCUCUCAACACCGCAGAAUUUACCAGGAAAAUUGUGUCUUAUACAUUCUUAGGUUUGCCAGGUGACGAUAUACUGCAGCAGUUAUUUGAUUGAUGAGGGCCUCAAAGGUGUUCUAGUGGCCCCCUCUGUAAUUAGUAUUUUACAUGUAAACCACACAAUAACCAAAAUCUGUAAACCCUGCAUUGUAAUCCUUAUAGAGAAUAAACCGACUUGAUUUGAUUUGA